AUGCGGGUGUUGGGUGCAAGGCACUCCAAGAAUGCACCUUCGACAGUCUUGUGCCUCUUGGUGUUCAUCUCGAACACAUGGCGGCUGAGCGCGCAGAUGUUGGGAGGGUUUCCUACUUUACCCGCAGCCCCAGGCCCAGGUUCUUCGAAUCCGUUCGACAACAAGGACGAGACAGUGGCUGGCACUCUUCCAGACUGGCUGGCAGAUGCCAUGAUGAUUCAGAAGCCCACAACCGCCCCACUGGCUCCCGUGGCCCCCGGUGCGGCGCCAGCCGCGGCUCCAGGAGCUCCAGCCGCGGCUCUUGGAGCGGCUCCCGCGCCUCUAGGCGCUCCAGCUGCGGCUCCCGGGGCGGCACCAACCGCGGCCGUGGCUCCAGGGGCUGCAGCCGCGGCUCCAGGGGCUGCAGCCGCGGCUCCCGGGGUGGCCCCAGCCGUAGCAGCCUCAGCAACAGUUGCAGGCCUUGACCUGAACCAGCUUGGCCAGUUCGCCCUAUGUGAGCAGCCGGAAAGCACCGGACGAAGAUUGCUGAGUUUCCAGGACCUGACGCAGUACUCGCCAGUGAAGCUCGUCCAGCAGCUUCUUGUCUGCUUGAUCAUCGUGAUUCUUCUUGUGUGCCUGUUCGUCCACAGGAAGUCGGUCCUCAUUGUUCUGACGGGCGAUGAGUUGCUGCAUGCAACUCUUCCCGACUGCUGUUGGUACGGGGUGUGGCAGUGCUGUGGCCUCUGCAAGUAUGACUGGAUAACUUUGUUCACUCAGUGGCCCUGCUGUGGGAAAUGGCGUGGAUCCAAUCCCGUGCGAAAAGCGGCGCAGUGGGCGGGUGUAACGUCCAUGACCAUCGAGCUCAGCAAUAUCGUAGUUGGAGACAUUCCGUUCUACCGGUACGGAUCCUUCUCCGUGACCGUCGAGUGUGGCAAGUAUCCGGCCUUACAAACUUCCGUGCAGGAGGACCAAGACCCCAAGACGAUUCACUUCCCUGAGAUCCUGACACUACGCCUCCGAGACACCAUGUGGGAUUUGCCGGUGGUCAUUACAGUGAACCAGAUCAACUUCAUCGGCAUCCACAAGGUGGCUGAGGUGCAUCUCUCCCCGACGCGGGUGGCGAAGUGGGCGCAUCAGGGUGAGCCGGACAACACGAAGCGCCUGGCCUUGACAAUGAACGACCGCAGUGUGGAGGCGGAGACGCCCCCUUGGGUGAGCAUCACUUUCAGCACUCCGACGGCGGACUUGCGGCACCUUGACAACUUUCAUGCGAACUCGAGCAUGUCCGUGCGGCUCGCCACGUGGGAUUCGGUUCCCAACCCGACGACUGGAGAGUACUUCGCGGAGCAACCCCUGGUGCAGGUGAAGCAGGAGUACCACCUGGUGGACGGUGCUGGGAACUACGUUCAGGAGCCGGACGAGGCCGACCUUUACUGGAUUAGCAGCUGCAGGAGCUUGCUGAUGGGAAUCUACUCCAUACUGAGCUUUCUGGUGGUGUUCGGAGCGCUGGGUUACGGCGCCUUCAGAUACUAUGUCCGAAACUGCUAUCAGAAGUUUGAGCUCCUCACCAUCGCCAAGAGCUGGGAGCCGCAUCAUUUUCCGAUGCCCAGCUGCGCCUUGCAGUCCAUCGGCCACACCUGCGACGUGAGGACGCAAGGCACGGGCCUCGAGCCUGGCACGGACAUAUGCCGGCCGUACGACGACGAGGUUGAACUUACAUGUCAGAAUCCGCCGCAAGAGCGGCCGACGGCCUUCUCCUUCAUCUUAGAAGACCUGGGCUUUGCCUCCAACAAGGGCUUGAAGUGCUUCGAUGGGCUGUGCGUCUUGCGGAACCAGAUUAUCAGGUUCGACCAGAUCGUCUUUCUCGGGUCCCUCGCCACCCUGUUCUUCAUCUUCUGCUUGUUCAGGCCUCUGGCCAAUUCUUUCCUGCAGGGUGCGAAACAGCGUGCACAGCAAAAAAGCAACAGCAGAUACCGAAGCGGCCGCACAGUCGAAUAA